AUGCCUCACUCCGCUGCUGUUAACCAGGAUUCCAGUGAUUCACUUCAAGUCUCACUCAACAGUCUCUCCUUGACUGAUUCAUUGACAGAGGCGCAUGAGACUGGUAUAGUCAAAAGAAGUCCUCGUGGACUGAACCCAUUCGAGAAAUUCCUUCGACCAGGAUCGGAAGCAGCGCCGGUCGUGAACGGCAGUGCUGAACUCAACCCCUUUAAACUCUAUUUUUCCCGAAACCCUUCGGUGCAAUCAAUUGAAGGCUUGACACGGAAUACUAUCCCCAGGCAGCUUUCAGCACUCCAGCAAACGCGACGAUUCACACUCCAGGAGACUGAUGCCCUCUAUGUUCAGGCACGGCAAUUUCAAGAAAAAUGGAGUGUUUCGGAGGAGAGCUUCCUCAAUUGGAAGAAAUUACUGUCCGGUUGGAUUGAGUUUCCAGCUGUGAUGUUGCUCAAUCCGAGUUGGUGGGAUUACUUGCCAUUUCAAGAGAUGGUGGUUGAAUCAACGACGCUCUCUUGGCUCCAAGAGACACUGGCAAAGAUGCAGCUUGAGCUCGACGAUGUGAUCAUAUUUGACAUAUUCCCUAUGCUCCCAGACGAUCUUAUGAAGGAUGUCUAA